AUGGCCGACCGGUUGGCACGACAAAAAACGGCUGCCCGCCUUAUUCCCUUAUGUUUUUUGCGGCCAGCCGGCGCCCAAUUUUUAUAUAUAAAUGUUGAGGAAGGAAACAUUCGUUCAACCAUUCACUUCACUCUUCACCCCACCUUCAACCAAUAUAUUCCUCCUCCUCAACUUCUCUUUUUGCUCAUUUUGCUUUUUCAUUCUUCUUCCUUCCUUCCAUCCCCCUUACUCCCUUCCCCCCUUUCGUUGAUGCUCAUACUCCUCUCAUUUUUUUACUUUGCCAUUUCCCGCAUUCCCGUAUUUCUUUACUUCAGAGUUCCUACUCCUCUCCUCCUCCUCAAUAUUUUCUUCAUCUUCUCCCAGUCAUUUUUUGUUGUCCUUCAAUGUGUAUUUAAUAUAUAUGUGCACAUAAUAUUUUCUCUAAAAUUUUAUUUUUAG